ACCAUUUUCAUACACAACACACACAACACAAAGACACUUCCUCUCUAAUCCCCUUCUCCUUCUCCGUCUCUUCUUCUCGGUCCAAUCGCAGAGUCUCCUCCUUCAUCCUCUCGCUCUGUGGAAAUCGCUCUCUCUCUUAGAAGGAUUCUUCUUCUACACUUCACACUUCUCUCUCUAGAACCUCGACAUCUGAGCGUUGUUUCUGCUUUCGUUUCGCUCUACUGCUCUGGUUUUCGCUCUAAUUGAAUCGUCGCUGGAUAAUACAAAUUGAGGAUAUACUUUAGCUAAUUUCCCUUCAAUGGUUGAGUUUUAGUUCACUUCUGAUUCUUUUGAUAAUUAGAUAACUUCUUCUGUUCCUCUUUCUUAGAGCUUGGGGCCUCAGUUUUUCCGGAGGACUUUUUGUUGUGUACAGACUCUAGGGUUUGGGUUUUUACCAUUAUGGGUCUGGGUUUUUCUCAUAUUGACAUGUUAGGCAUGUUUUUGUUGACGGGUUAGUUUUGUCAUUUCAUGGUCUUGGUUCUGGUGGGUAGUACCAUAACAAGCCUUCUUUAGGAAGAAGAAACCUGAAUUGACAAUAGAAAAUUUCGUGGUGAGAAUUCUCUGAGGGUGUGAUAAAAAGUUCUAUUGAAUUUAUUGAUUGGUUCAUUGAUUGGUGAAAUUAGUUUUUGACUGAAGUGUUUGGUAACUUGAAGUGUAUAGUGUACAGAGCACAGAGAGAAACAUUACACAACUCUAAUCGCAGUGAAGAAUAGGGGUUUGUAAAUUUUGGUUGAUGAAAAUAGUAAAAGGAAAAUAAAAGUUAAUUGAUCUGAAAUAGGAAACAUGUCCUGAAAUUUUGUUGCACAAGUGGUGAUUGGAUACGUCAUUUGAGAUUGAUUGUAAAGGGAGGAUUCAAGGUGAGUAAAGUGAAUUGAAGUCAGAUUCUGUUGGUUAUGUGGACAGACAACUGUACAAUAGCUCUUUUUCUGGGUGGAUUUAGAAGCUUAACACGAUAGGUUGGUUUUUUGGGGUUCUUUCAUAUGAUCAUGUUUGGUUAUUGUCAUGGAUAGAAGCGAGCAUGCAUUGUUUCCAGAAUGGUUGAAAAGUGGCAGUAGCGUCCCUGCUGGUGGCAGUGCAAACCACCUAUCUGCAUCAGCAUCGUUGCACACUGAUGAUCAUCUUGUAUCAAAGCAUGUGGGGAACAAGUCAUCCAUAAGCACUACCGAUCGUGAUAUACGCCGAUUAUCAGUUCAGGAAAGAACCUCUUCUGCCUAUUUUCCCCGGAGUUCUAAUAGCAAUGGUUCUGCUCAAUUGCGUCCUACGAGUAGCUUUGGUAGAAGCAUCCAUGAUAGGGAUUGGAAAGAUGAAAAUGAUUACCAGGAGAAGGAUAAAUUGGCCUUAGGUGAAUUUAGGCACCAUGAGCAUUUUGAUCGUCUGGAUAACAUUGUUCCAAGUAAAUUUGACAAAGAUAAGUUACGCCGUUCUCAGUCUAUGAUUACAGGAAAACAAGAUAACACUUGGUCCAAGAAAGUAUCUGGGGACCAAACUAACAAUAAAAGUAAACUUAGCAACAGUAAAGAUAAUGGUCUGCUUGCUAGGGUUGGUGUUGGCUCUGUGCAUGAUAAUGCAUUUGAACAGGAUUUCCCCUCGCUGGGAGCCGAGGAAAGGCAAGGUGGUAUUGGAAGGGUUUCUUCUCCUGGCUUAAGUAUGCCAACUCAAACUGGCACUUCAGCUAUAGUUGUCAGUGAGAACUGGAAGUCAGCUCUAGCAGAGGUGCCCAUUGUCAUGGGAAGUGUUGCAUCAGCUCAGCAAGCUGUUCCUUCACCCUCAGCUUCUGUGCUGCCAAACAAUAAUACAGGUCUCAAUAUGGCUGAAGCAUUAGCACAGGGCCCUCCUCGUGCUCGUACACCUCCCCAGCCAACUUCUGGUAUACAACGGUUUGAAGAGCUGGCCAUCAGGCAGUCAAGAUUGAUUCCCAUGACUCCAUCCAUGCCUAAAACCUUGGUGGUCAGUCCUUCAGAGAAAUCAAAACCCAAGAUUGGUUCACUGCAACAGUCUGUGCACUUUGUUAAUCAUACACGUGUUCCUGCGAGACCUGAUAGUACAAAAAUAUCUAGUGAGGGCAGGCUUCAGGUCCUCAAACCAUCACGAGAACUGAAUGGCAUCUCUUCAGCUGCAAAAGAUAACUCGAGUCCUACUAUUGGAAGCAAGCCAGUGAAUAGCUUACAUGGAAUCACUCCAUUGGCUUCUACAUCAGUUCCCCUGAGGACCUCGGGCAAUCCAAACCAUCCUACUGCUGAGCGCCAGCCUUCAGUUUUGCGGCCAAACAUAGAGAAGAAACCAUCGUUUCAAAUCAAGAGUAGGAAUGAUUUUUUUAAUGACCUAAAGAAGAAAUCUUCCACAAACUCCACACCAGCAGUGUCAGAUCCUAGUCCUGUUUCAUUGUCAUUCACAUCAGAGAAGAUGUCUUGUGAAUCGGUCACUGGAGGUACUGCUGCUUCAGUUACUGAGCAUGAUGGAGAUGAUUCUUCAUCAGAAAUAUCUGUGACUGGCUUGUCCAGUGAUAAUAGAGGUAAAACCCACAGUGGAGAUGCUUACUAUGGGGCUUACUAUGGGACUCAAUUUGACGAUGGAGAUAAGGAUUCAAACUCUGACAUAACUCCCAACCCAGAUGAGGAAGAGGCUGCUUUUCUGCGGUCACUUGGUUGGGAUGAAAAUGCCGGAGAAGAAGGCCUUACAGAGGAGGAGAUCAGUGCUUUCUUUGAGAAGUACAUGAAAUUAAGGCCUUCAUCAAAAUUUCUCCACGGAAUACAAACAAGAGUGGCAGUCAAUUCUGAGAGUAGUAGCUGCGGUAUAUCUUCAUCUGCACUGAGUUCAUCUGAGUCAGAGUCAGAUUCUUGAUUCACCAGACGUCUGGAAUUGACUUGAAAAUUGAAGUGAUUGCUGAAUGUGGUUUCUUUUGUUCUCUUUUUUUCUUUGGUUGAUAAUUGAUAUAAAAGAUCUGAUCCUAAUGUGUGUUAAAAAGGGAGGUAAAGGUAUAGGAUGCAUAGUGUCUGAUUUUUAUUGGAAAUGGGAUUGAGAUGAAGAAUGAUUUUAUCCAGUCUGAAGACAAAUGAUGUGGUGAGCUUGCUUUUUCCGCUUAAGAGUUCCUGAGGUGUAAAGGUUGAGAGAAGAGUAGGAAUAGUUUUAUUAAAUGUAGGAUGCUACUGGGGGAGAAAGGGUGAGAAAUUUGUCUUCUCAGCGAGGAGAAAGAAUUCAACAAUAUGUUUCUUUUGUCAAUUGAAGAAGAGAAAAAGGCAAGAAAUUUUAGAUAUUAUUCUUUUUCUUUCA